UAGAUGGCGUCCCACCGAAGCAGAUCUAUUUGCGUUUGUUUAACAAGCAUUCCUCUCAUGUGGUUCAAGGAUUAGACGUUGCGGCAGAGCCCUUUGAGCUUUCUUUUCGAUCCUCCUUGCGAAAAUGAAGAAUGGAGAGAUCAGAGAAGGGAGCAGCAUUGGCAGUACCGCCUCACCCGAGCAGGAUCUGGUGGAGAGAUCUAAAUUGCUUGGUGAAGGACAAACAAGUACAGGCUGCAGCUGGGAUAAAUGCCUGAUUUGCAUGGGUAUAUUUGGAGGAGCUGUUGGAUUCCUCUUCCUGGUUCUGGUUACCGCCAUUCUUGUCGCUAUGUUCACACUACCCUUUCCUCGACAUGCUUCCUGUUCUGUUAAUAUAACAUUUCCUCAGAGGUGUUCAGGAGUCAGAGAUGCCCUGAUUCAUCAAAUGCAUAUGUGGAGUGGUAUGAACAACUGUGAAUCAGGGGGACAGAAGUGCUUAUAUGAAGUGACGAGUGUGAAGGGGAACAUUGUGAGUGGGACCCAUACAACUCCCAAAUUCCGCUUCAUGGAUUAUAUUACCUUCAAAUUUGGUCAUGAGGAAGGCCAAUGCAUUGUUGAGGCCUUCUCCACUUCUGCUUUCUGGUUUGCAUGGCUGGAUUUUGGUACCAACUACUGCAACAUCCACAACCUGGUUGAAGGGAUGGACAUCUCCAACUAUACAGAACAAACAGAUAACACCAUAUGCACCCAGUAUUCCACUGCCAACUGUGAUAAGUAUUGAUGAUCACCAACUGCCAAAUAUGUAUAUAUUGCCACUUUUUGUUCAGCUUUCUUGCCUCUAUCAUUGUAGGCCAAUGAAUCCAUGGUACAUUCCUCCACAAAAAGCUUCUCCCAGAUUCAUCAUAAUUCAUAUUGGUUGGGUAGCCAACAAGGAGAUUUCUUCAGGACAGUAUUGUCUGGUGCACAGAUAAUGUUACCUGCAGUACAUUGCCUUUUAGAUGGCCAAGAAAAGUAUCUUUUUCUUUUCCAGUGGUAGAAUCUAGUUUCCAGUUCAUUAAAUAUUUUGGCAUUCAGAUUCAGCAAAGAAUUUCAAAUAAGGCAGACACUUCAUCAGGUUUUCUAAAUAACUUCUUCCUUUUCUGCCCUCAUGUCAGAUAACACUGGCAGAUAUGGCAUUCCAAUGCCUCAUUCUCCUCCAGUUUUAAAGUCCCACAUGCAUGUAGAUUAAUAUGAAAUGAUAAAACUUUUUACAUACUCUCGUGUUUUGCAUCCAGCCUCUUCCAUCAGUUUUAUUCCUGUGCACAAGUUUGCUUUUGUGUGAUGCAAUGAACUAGGCCUAUAUCAUUAUAAUCCUUUUCCCCCUUCCAUCUGCUGUUGGAUGGGUGGAAGGAACAGCUUUAAGGUGGUAGAAUCAAAGUUUCAUUCAUAUCUGGCACCUGUUGAUGCCAUUUUCCACAUCUUACAUGUGAAAUGAAAGUUCGCUCAUCAAACAUGGGUGAUAAUCAUUCGUGGAAGUGUCAACAAAAGAAGCGUCUUAGUUGCUUCUCUGUACUUUAUUCAUUGAUCGACUAUCAGUCACAUUGAAUUUGUUCCUGCUGGGAUUUCCAGAUGGGAAUGCUGUUGUGUUGUAUGCAUCUAGUGCCAAGUGAUUAUGAAUGGAAGCCAUGAAUGUGUUCAUGCUGUGCAUGGCUUCAUCCUAGAUCUCAGUCAAUGCUUUGAAUAUUCUUUCAUUCAGCUGUGAUGAAUUGUUUCUUAGCAUUCUUGUUGUGUGUUUUGGUAUUCUUAGCAUUAAUGCAGUGAUUUGAUUGCUUCUUGAAUCUCUUAUUCUACUUACAAUCUCAGUAACAUUCUCAAUGGGAACUGAAACAGAGACCUGUACUGUUUGCCAUGAUGAACUUGGGUACAAGGAUGUUGCAUGUCAUGUGAAUGUAUGCGUUUCUAGUCAAAGGGGAGCUCAUUUUUGUGUUCCGUUGACAUUGUGUAGCACAAUAUAAUGUCUGGAAUUGGAACAAUUUUCUUUACAUGUAUGCUCUUUCCAUGUAUCUUGCUCAAAUCCUGUAUUCAUGUACUAGAAUACUGUCUUCAGGCUUCCGGUGUCGAUUUUGCAUUAAUAAACCUUCUUAUAUAAUAUAC